AUGCCCCCAACCAACGAACCAAUCCUCUUCCUCUGGUCCCUCUCCGCCUGGGCCAGCAAAAUAACCGCCUACAUGGCCCUCCGAAAAAUCCCCUACUCCCGCUGCGAACAACCCAUAACCCUCCCUCGCCCGGACCUCACCGCCCUAGGCGUACGUUACCGCCGCAUCCCCCUCCUAUCCUGCGGCCUGGACAUCUACUGCGACACCCUCCUAAUCCUCCAAAAACUCGAAUCUCUCUACCCAGAAAACACCCCCACCCACAAGAAAAUCUCCGCAGACACGUCGACCGAAAAGGCAUUAGAAUACCUCUUCGAAAAAUGGACCGACACCGUAGUCUUCAAAUCCGCCGCCGCAACCAUCUCCUCUGACCUCGACCUCAUGCAGGAUCCCAAAUUCCAAUCCGAUCGCGAAGCCCUCUGGGGUCGGCCCUGGGACAAAGCGACUCAAGACUCCCUCCGACCCUCCGCGCUGGCGGAAAUGCGGGAGAAUUUCGAAUUUCUGGAAAACGUCCUGAGUGAUGGACGGACAUGGAUACUUGGUCGAGGGACAGAAGAAAAAGAGGGAGGACCGACGUUAGCGGACAUCCACGCAGCGUGGAUUUUCGAUUGGCUGGGGAUGUUACCGGGGAGUUUUCCCGAAGAAGAGUUUAAUGCCAGGAAAUUUCCGGGGACGGUGGGGUGGUUGGGACGGUAUAAAACGGCCAUCGAAAAAGCCAAAGAAUCCGCCCCCAAACCCACCGAACUUGAAUCCGUGGAAUGUGUGGAUAGAAUUUUGAAUUCGGGGUUUGAAGAGACGGAGUUGGAAGUUGAAGAGAAUGAUUUGUCGGGACUGAAAGCUGGGGAUGAGAUUAAAAUGGCGCCUGUAGAUACGGGGUUUGGAUCGAGUGAUGUCGGGAAAUUGAUAGGGUUGAAACGGAAUGAAGUGACGAUAAGUUCCUUGACGCAGCAGGGAGGGAAAGAGAUACAUAUACAUUAUCCGAGAUGGAAUUUUAGUUUUGAGAAGAUAUAG